UAUAGAAUCUCUUGUAAAAAAUGUUUCGUUAUAUAAGACCAGCGCUGAAUAAAGCAUUUCGUCCUUCCGCAAACAAAUGUUGUAAACGAAGUCAAACAACAUUAAAACAUUGCUUUGGUUUACAUGACAAACCCAAUAGUAUUGCUAUUGUAUCCAAUGUUAAUGAAAUUCAUUUUAAUUUAGCAGUAGAAGAUUACCUUAUGAAUGUUCUACGACCCCCCUGUCCUUUGUUUUUUUGGUGGAGAAAUGCAAGCAAUGUUGUCAUUGGAAGACAUCAAAAUCCAUGGAGUGAAUGCCGCUGGGAACUUAUGCAACAAGACGGCGUUGACAUAGCUCGUCGUUUUAGUGGUGGAGGAGCCGUGUAUCAAGAUUUAGGAAAUUCUUGCUUUACUUUAUUACUACCAGAAAAGAUGUACGAUUCAGAGAAAAAUAAUAACAUUAUAUUGAAUGUUUUGAAGCAUUACUUUAAUAUACAUGGUGAGGCAAGUGGAAGAAAUGAUAUGGUGGUUAAUAACAAAAAAAUUUCCGGUUCUGCAUUUAAACAAUUGCGCAAAGUGGGAGAACCCAACUUAUCUCUACAACAUGGAACACUUUUAAUAGAUACAGAUAUGAAAGCAGUAGAAAAGUACCUUACACCGAAUUCGAAGAAGUUACAGUCGAAAGGUGUUAGUAGUGUGUCUUCACGUGUUAUGAAUUUGAAAGAAUUAAAUCCAAAUAUUUCCCACGAAACACUUCAAGAACCUCUUAUUGAAGAAUUUUGUAAACAAUAUAGUUCUAACGAAGCUUGCUUAUUUGAAUAAAGCUAUCAAAAAUCUAGAGUUUUGUGUAAAAAACAAGUUCUUAUUUUGAUAAUGGUACCAAUGAAGGUAUUGGUCAGACCACUAAAUACAGUCAUUGAUACUUUAAAAGCAACGUUUUACUCAAAACGUCGGUCAUACAUCCUAGAAUUGAUGGUAUAACUCACCUUAUAGUAGUUUGGACGUUUUCCGUUGAUAAAGAAUCUGAAAUAACAAAAGAUCCGAAUUUCGUGUCCACCUACAACCAGCUGAAAGAUUGGAACUGGCGUUUUGGAAAGACUCCUGAAUUCUCCCAUACUCUACAAGAUCGAUUAAGUCAGGCAACAGUUGAGUUGCAUUUGAAUAUUGUAAAUGGCCAAAUCUCAAACGUUAAACUCUAUACUGAUUCUCUGUUUCCUGAGGUAGUUCCCUUAGUAGAAGAUGCUCUCAAAGGUGGAUUGUAUACACGUGAGAAUAUUCAAAGUAUUUUUAUAAAUAUUCCCUUGCCAGCGAAUACUAAUGUGAAACAAGAAAUAGAUGAUAUCAAGCAUAUGAUACUUGAUCGUCUUUAAAUGAGCGUCAAGUUCGUAUUUUGUAAUUGGUCAAAGAAAAAAAAAAUUUAGAGAUCGUAGUUUUUAAUAGAUAAUACAGCACAAAAAAAGGUAUUAAGUAAUGUUUUUUAUCAAAGGUUCACAUGAUGUUCGUUGAGAAACAUAAAAAUAUGUCCGUUUAAAAAAAAUCUGUUAUAGUGGUGAUUACGUUUGAAAGUUGCUGCAUUCAUGUACUGUACCAAUUCAAAUUUUUCUAAAGAAGGAGUCAAAUAGUAUAACAAAAGUACGCACUUGCAUCAACUUUAAAAAGAUGUUGGGGAAAAUCGUACGCUUUAAUUAGAGAGUCUAGGAACAGAACUCGUUACAGUGAGAAAGUACGGUGAAAAAUUAAUAAGAAAUCUCUAAAGAAAAAAGCAUACGGCUUUUAUUUACAAAAUUAACAAAGUAGAAAUGUCUGUACAUACUUCCAACAAACGGAAAGCGGAAAAUUUGAACGAAAAUCGUUCAAAAAAAACUAAAGAUGCAUUCAGUUUGGAGAAACUUCCAGAAAAUUUAUCAUCAAAAGAAAUUCAACAAUUACUAGAUAAUCAAGAUAGAGACGGAAUCGCCUUUACAUUAUCUGUCAAUAAUAUGAAGCAAAUCGUUGAUCAAUUAAAAUCAUCCAUACAAACAAAUCAAGUGAUGCGUUUAAAAUAUCCAGAGAGUCCAGAAAAAUUUAUGAAAUCGGAGGUGGAUUUGGAAGAGGAUAUAACAAGGCUUAAGAAUCUUUGUGCUUCCUCAGACCUUAUAAAUGCGUUUCUAUCGGCCGAAGGAUUUUUCUUAUUAGUUCCAUUACUGAGUCAUGCCAAUGUGGAUCUUGCGGGAACGGUUGCUUCAACCAUUGUCGAUUUGACGUCACCGGACGUCGAAGUCGAAGAUGAAUCAACCAUUCUUAAUGCAUUGCUAAACGUGGGAAUCACAAGUUUCCUUACGGAAUUAUUGACUCGACUUGAUGAUACUGAAGAAAAUGAAGAUCAGGAUAUAAUUACAACGACACUCCAACUUGUCGACAACCUAUUAGAAAUGAAUCCUAUACUUGUAUCAGAACGGUUUUUGUUGGAAUCACCAAAGUUUUUGUGCUACUUGAUCAAAACCAUACGCGGACCUGUGGAUACAAAAGAUAAAUUUCCUAAUAUAUCGUAUAAUAGAUGUUAUACUGCGGAACUUCUUUCAGUAAUAUUGCAACAUAACGAAAAAUCUCGUUCUUUUCUAGGAAAUCAAUCCGAGUCGAACGCAAUCGAAAAAUUAUUACGCUGCAUAUCAGUGUAUCGUAAAAUUGAUGCUAGAUCUGCUAAUGAAGAAGAAUUUGUUGCGAAUAUUGGCAAUUCUUUAAUGUCUUUAUUAAAAGUGAAAGAAAAUCAAGACAUUUUUCGGCAAGUACUAGGAAUCGAUCUUAUGAUCCGCUUACUUCGAGAUAGAAGGCUUAUAUAUCCUUUGGCUUUAAAAAUAACAACAUAUACUUUAGAUGCGCACCGGGAAAAUUGCCAUGUUUUUAUUGAACGUUUAGGUUUAAAAUCGUUAUUUGGAAUAUUUUGUAAACAAGGUGUUCGUUGUUAUCCGGCAAGCAAGGAAUGGAAAGACGAGGAUGAGUAUUGCCUUCAUAUUAUCUUACACUUAUGCCGUUACAGUACUGGAACCCCUUUAGCUCGCGUGCUUAAUAAAUUCACAGAAAAUAAAUUUGAGAAAUUAGAAAGAUUGCUAGAAUUACAUCAGUAUUAUUAUUAUCAAGUCGUAGAAAAACAAACAGGAUGUAAAAAACAAAGCCAGAAUAUACAAGAAUUACCUGAAGGGUUUUCUAUUAAUGCGAAAGAAGAAGAGUAUUUAAAGCAAUGUGAUGCAGGUUUAUUUAUAGUACAAUGUGCUGAUAUCAUCCUUAUUCGAUUAGCGAAUAUGGGCAAUGUUCUUGUGACGAAGCAAAUUUUCCAAUUGCUUAAUCUAAAAGGAGUGAGAAUUGAUGAGAUUAUUAGCGUUAUUGAAGGUUAUAUAAAGUAUGUCAAUACAAGUAACACUCAAGUCAUUGAAAUGAAAGAAUAUCUUGCUAAUUUUUUAAGUUUUUCAAAAAAUUGUGUAUGAUUGAGCUCUUUUUACUAUAAAUGUUAAAACAUGAAUUGUGAGAAAAAACAAUCCAAGAAAAUGUUCAAUAAAUCUUUAUUUUCUUUUGUUAUUGUCUC